AUGAACAUCAGGAGCAGCAGCUGGAUUUCAGUCUGCUGCCUUUUAUCUGCUGUGUGUGUCCAGGCAACCUACUACACGUCGGUGCACUGUCAGUGUAAUGGCCGCUCUCGUUACUGCCUCCGCUACGCUGGAGGUCUGCAGUGCCUCAACUGUCAGGGAAACUCUGAGGGACGCCACUGUGAGCGCUGCAAACCCGGCUUCUACCAGCAGGGGGCGAAGAUCAGCUGCACCGCCUGCGACUGCAACCCCACAGGGUCGCUGAGCGCUACGUGUGACAGCAGGGGGCGCUGCAGCUGUAAGGACGGAGUGAUGGGAGAGAGAUGCGACCGCUGCCGAGACGGACCCAUCGGACCCGACGGAUGUUCACAAAGCCGUCAGCCCAGAGAGGAUUCUGGGAGUCGUAGUCCUCUGUGUUUCUGCUACGGUCACACCAGCAGCUGCUCCAGCCAAUCGGCUUACUCCGUCUAUGACAUCAACUCCACCUUCACCAACGGUCCUGAUGGUUGGUGGGUAGCGACGGCUCAGGGCGUUACCCCCGACGACGUCCACUUCCGCUGGUCCCCGAAGUAUAAGGACCUGGAAGUGAUCUCUAAGAACAGUCUGCCGGUUUACCUGUACGCUCCAGCUUCUUACCUUGGGAACCAGUUGCUUAGUUACGGUCAGAACUUGUCGUUCUCUCUGCGUCUGGACCGAGGAGUCAGACACCCGUCCACCAACGACGUGGUUCUGGAAGGAUCCGGUCUGAGAGUGUCGGCGUCGCUGGGAGACCUGCGCUCCAUCGUCCCCUGUGGACAGAAGAUCAGCUACAGCUUCAGACUGGACGAGCGGAGCGGCAGCAGGUGGAAACCUCAACUCUCCUCCUUCCAGUUUCAGACGCUCCUCCAGAAUCUCACUGCCAUCAAGAUCAGAGCCACGUUUGGAGAGAACGGACGCGGUUACCUUGACAACGUGCAGCUGGGCUCGGCCCGGCGGGGCCCCGGGGUCCCUGCCAGCUGGGUGCAGACCUGCAGCUGUCCUCGGGGCUACGAGGGUGAGUUCUGUGAGCGCUGCUCGGCCGGUUUCACUCGGAGGAGCCAGGCAGAGGGAGCCUUCAGCCCCUGUGAGCCGUGCAACUGUAGGGGGGGCAGCUGCGACCCUCAGACCGGAGACUGUUACUCUGCUGAUGAGACCCCCGCCGACCGGAGCUGCUCGGAGGGUUUCUACAGAGACCCGCUGCAGCCCUCGUCCUGCAGGAAGUGCCCCUGUGCUGAGGGAGUGUCCUGCUCGCUGCCUGCUGGAGCUCAGGACCCCCGCUGUGAGCGCUGCCCCCCCGGGACCACCGGCUCUCGCUGUGACGUCUGUGAGGAAGGUUUCCAUGGUGACCCCGGCCGCGGCGACAGCGUGUACAGCUCGUGCAGACCGUGCGAGUGUAACGGACACAUCGACGUCAGCGUGGCGGGAAGCUGCGACCGACGCAGCGGGGACUGUCUGAAGUGUGUGAACAACACGGAGGGAAGCAGCUGUGAGAGAUGUCGUAGAGGUUUCUUCCACAGCAGCCUGAACGAAGCCUGCAAACCGUGCGACUGCGAUGUUUUGGGCUCAGAGUCGACACAGUGUGAUGAUUCGGGUCGCUGUCGGUGCCGACCGGGCUUCGAGGGUUCAAGGUGUCAACGGUCCGACUGUCCCUCCUGCUUCAGCCCCGUUAAAGCCAAGAUGGAGGCGUACGCUAACAAACUGAAGGACUUAGAGCGACUGUUCUCAGACAUGGACGGAGGUUUGAAACCGACCAACAGCGCUGAGAUGGAAGCUGCUCUGAGAGCGACGGAGCAGCUGGUGAACAACCUGCAGGACACAACCGACCAGCUCACAGAAAUGGAGGAGGGUCUGAAGUCUCGUCUAGCGUCGAUCAGCCGGAGUCAGCUGACCGAAGGCCAGGAGAUCCAAAACAUGGCCGCCGCCGCCGAUGACAUCAGACGCCAGCAUCAGACGUACGAGACGAAGGAAGCGACCGUCCAAACGCUGACGAAGGAGAUGAGACAGAAACUGGAAGCGGCCAAGACGAUCCUCAAAUCACUUGAGUUUCCUGCUGCAGAUGCUCCGCUGGGAUCAAACGCUCUCUCUACAUUGGUGCAGACAGCGACGAGCCUGGCCGACAAACAUCAGACGAAGGCGGACACGGUGGAGCGAAGCGCCAACGACGCUCUGAGAGACUCAGAGAAAAGUCUGGCUCUGGUCCGGACGCUCAUGAACAAAGAGAACAAAGUCAAAGAGACGAUCGGAGACCUGAAAGCCACGUACGACAAGAUCUCGGCUCAGGUGAAGGGUUUUGAGAACCAGGCGAGCCGUCUGAGCGGCGAGGCCCGAGACGAGAGCAAGAUGGCAGACGGCAUGCUGAAAGACAUCGCCAACAUGGAGCGAGAAAUCCCAUCGUCCCUGAAGGUGGAGGUGGACGCCAUGAUGACCCGGCUGGACGGUCUGAAGGAGUCGGUGGACCAGAGCAUCCCAGAAUACGAGGCGCUGCAGGACAGCGUGCAGAGAGACAAGACCGUUGCUGAAGACCUGCUGGCUAAAGGCAAAGCUGCUCAACAGGACUUCAACAAGCUGCUGGACAGAGUCAAUGUCGCGAAGGCCGAAACCGAAGGUGCUCUGAAACUCAUCAACAGCAACAUGGGCGAUCUGGACGAAUCGCUCAACACCCUGAAAGGGUUCGACCAGCAGAUCGCCGGCAGCAAAUCUCAGGCUGACGCUGCCAUCAAGCGUCUUCCUGCCAUUAACUCCACCAUCCAACAGGCCGUCAGAAACAACGCAGAGACGGUGUCCAUCCUGGGAGACGUGUCCAACGCCUACAGCAGCGCACUGGGAACCAUCAACCUGGCGGAGAACUCCAUCAACGGUCUGGAGGGAACCAUUGGCUCUUUGCCGUCUCACGGCGACAUUAUGAGAGACGUCACCAACCUGAGUGAGGGAGCGACCGGUCUGAGAGGGAUCGCAGGCACCACAGCUGGAGAUGUGGCUGCAGAGCUGGAGAAGGCCAGGAAGCAAGAGGCCGAUGCUGGAGAGGCUGCUGUUGGAGCCAGUGCUGCGUUCAACAACGCCAAAAAGACCAGAGACGCUGUGGGAAAAACACUGCGAGACGUCAGCAACCUGCUGGCCAUGAUGAACCAGCCCGGCGUUGUGGACGAGACGCGUCUGAAGCAGCUGGAGGACUCUCUGGCCGACGCUCAGAGAGACGUAGACGAUGUGCUGAAGCCUCGGCUGAGAGACAUGGAGGACCAGGAAUCCGCUCAGCGACGCCGGCUGUCUGGCAUCAACGUGGACAUCGACACCAUCAUGGCCGACAUCGCUAACCUGGAGGACAUCCUGAAGACCAUCCCCAAAGGCUGCUUCAACAGCCCGCCCAUCGAGGAGCCCUAAGAGAACACCUGCUGCCACAUG